AAAAAAAACAAAUAACAAAAAAAAAAACAUUUUUAAUAAGCAAAACGAAAUUUAAACAAAAUAAAAAAGUAUUUUAACGCCAACACACAUACAACCCGUAAGAAUAUAAAAAAAGAGAGCAAAAGAAACCGAUUAGAAAAAUGCUGCGAAAACAAAUGAAAAAUAGAUUGUGAAACAGAUUAUUAAAUACCGAAAUUAUAAUAACUGUGCUUUGGUCGAUGCGCAAAGAAAACUCUAACAAAUCAAAGAGAAAGAGGACAAAAGGAAAUUCUCUUCAAUAAUUGUAUAAAACGAGAACACAGACGACUGCUACUAAUCGACUAACUCGUACCUUAGCAACAACGUUAGCAGCAGCAGCAGCAGUAGUAGUAGUAGUAGUAGUUAUAGCAGCACUAAAUUGCGCUUGAAACGCAAAAUUUGUAAAAUGUCAAAGUAUUUCAUUAAUACUACAACAACCACUGCAGCCACCAGUAGUAAUGUCUAUCAGAACAAUUCAGCGGGCUCAAGCUCUUCUAAUGCGAUACGUAAACUGUCCUAUGAAAAUGUGGCCGCUACUGCGAAAAGCAGUAGCAGCUCCUCUGUUACAACGCGGGGAACAAAUGCGAAAGGUACACGAAUUUUUAUGACAACAACUCAACAGCAACCGCAACGAAAGCAGCACUCUACAUCUUCUGAUAGUGGUGAUACGCCAACCACCAUGGCCACUCAUUUAUUGGAUCAUGGCUAUGGUGUAUCUUUGACACCGCCUUCCGUAUCGUCUACCACGGUAGUAGGUAGUCAUCAAGUUGCCAACGCAUUAAUAACAACUACAGCUAGUAUACCUGCCUCACAAGAAACGCAACAACAACAGCAACAACAACAACAAAAAUACAAAUCUACGGAUAUGACACAAUAUUAUAAGGUUAAACGGCGCAUACCUAUAACCGACGGUCACUCCAGAAAGCAAGCAAAACAUAGUUUACAACAUCAAACGCCUUAUCAAUCGCAGCAUCAGCAACCACAACAGCAACAGCAGCAGCAACAUGUAGUGGUACGCUCUACUAGCAGUAUAAAGCAACAGCAUACCAGUAAUUUUACUGUUCCUUCCCCACAACCAGCCCGACCACCUUCGUCGGCUUCUUCUACCUCUUCAUCUUCAGCUCUAAUAGCUCCUUCUUAUUAUUUUAAAGCAGUAACACCUUCCACUCACUCAAAUUCGGGCCAUGGUGGCAGUUCAGUGGUCUCUUCGGUUGCAAAACGUACGCCGGAAGGUAAUCGUGCCGACACCUCAUUAGGUAUAUUAACCAAAAAAUUCGUAGAAUUAUUGCAAGAAUCGCCGGAUGGUGUUGUCGAUUUAAAUGACGCCUCCAGUAAAUUAUCAGUGCAAAAGCGACGCAUUUAUGAUAUUACAAACGUUCUGGAGGGCAUCGGUAUACUUGAAAAGAAGUCCAAAAAUAACAUACAAUGGAAAUGCGGCAAUUCAUUUCACAGUGCCGAUCGAACCAACGAUAUCAAGUCGGAAAGCGAACGUCUGGAACAAAAAGAGAAUGAAUUGAAUACGCUAAUCGAUCAAAUACGCAAUGAAUUGCAUGGCGAGAUAUCGCGUAAUGAUCAAUUGGCUUAUGUCACCCAAAGUGAUUUAUUAAAUGUCGAUCUGUUUAAGGAUCAAAUCAUUAUAAUUAUUAAAGCGCCACCAGAAGCAAAACUUGUGUUACCUGAUUCACGUAAUCCACGUGAAAUACAUGUGAAGGCUGAAAAUAAUGGUGAAAUCAGUGUAUUUCUAUGUCAUGACAACUCACCCGAGAACUCACCCAAUUUCGGUACGACGUCAUCAUCGGUUAUACACCAUCAUACGCAACAACAGCAACGUCAUGAUCCCUUGAUAAAUGAUAUGAAUCGUUUAACGCCUAAUAUGGAACCGAUGAAACGACCAAGAUCAGGUUUACCCGCCCUUGCAGCCGCUGCCGCUUCCGCCAGCACAUAUCCUUCAGUUAGCGUUCGUUCAGCUCAACGCAAUCUCAGCAAAUCUAUUGAGGAAGCAGCUCAACAGCAGCAUGAAGACAUCACCGUCAGCAAUUCAGUAGAAGUGGUGAAUUAUAUAACUCAGGCUCAGCAACAAACGACAACAUCUGCUCAUUUAAGUGACGAUGAUUUUCCUACAAUUUUCCCAACUAUAACACGACCCGUGAUAACGCACGUGUUGGCUGAGCAAGAACAACAGAAAACCUCUCAGAAAUUGGAACACGUUGAAGAGACUCUCAUCUCAAAUGUGGAUCUAUUAGUUGGUAAUUCAGCCGGCCAACGUCGUCAUACGGGCGAAAGUACUACAGAUAGCAGUGAUUCAAAUCAAACUCUUACGCUUACUAGUUGUAAUAAUAUGGGUAACGGCGGUGUUGGUGGCAGAGGUCUUAGCAAAAAGUCGGGUCUUCGUAAUGAUGUCCCCCUAGUAAACUGUGCAAUGGAGCAGCGACAGCAAACGCAAUCGCAUGUCGGUGUAUUGGCAGGUGGUAGCUCUUCAUCGUCAUCUGCCAACUCCUCUUCACUGUCAUCACCCAAUCAGAAUUCCCCACAAAGCAUUGCUUUUGAUGUUCAAUCAACGAUCGCUGGCGGCUCUUUGCAACACUCAAGUCAACAACAACAACAGCAGCAGCAGCAGCAACAGCACCACCAACAACAGCAACAACAACAGCAACAACAACGGUCACAACAAGCGCAUCAAAGUCAUUGCAAUGUCGAGCAACAACAACAUCAAACAGCCCAGACCGAUUCUAAUGAUAAUGACAGCACAGCCUCCCAACUCUCACAAUUAAUUAAUUCGAAUUGUGGUUCGGGCAUUCGGAAUGCACUUAUUUCGGAUACAGUAAAUCUAAGUCCCACAUCAUACAACUAUUUCGAAGACUUGCCUCCGCUGUUACCUAUUGAACCGCCAAUGGAUGGUUAUUAUAAUUUCUCCUUGGGUCAAUCUGAGGGCCUCAUUGACUUAUUUAAUGAUUUGGUUUAAGGUCUACAGUUAAACAAA